AUGCUCCCCGAGCCCAAGUAUGACCGCUUUCGCAACGACACGCUGACGGUGCCGGCCACCCCGCGCCGGCCGCCGGCCGCCCCCAUGCCGUCGCCGGCCCCCUCGCCCGCCGGCCCGGCCCCGGCCCUGGCCCACGCGUGCCCCCCGCUCGGCGAGGAGCAGGAGGCUGGCACCACCUUCUGCACGCUCAUCCCCAGGAUGCCCCAGUGGAAGUUCUCCGGCCCCGCGGGCUUCCUCAGCCGCAGCCCCUCGGGCUCCAGCAAGGAUCUGUCCUCGCUGGGCAGGGCGGGGGGCCCCGCGGAGCCGGGGGGGGGGCCCUCCAGUCUGGCCGCCGUGCUGAGCGCCUGCGAGCCCGUCUGCUCGGCACCCUGCUCGCUGCAGGUGAUGGGCAGGUUGCGCAGCAGUGCCGGGGCCGCCAGGAAGGCCGCCCGCCUCGAAGGGGUCAAGCCGGCCGGCGAGGAGUGGAGCCGCAAGGGCAGCUUCAUCAGCAAGCCGGCGCAGGGCUGGCUCCACCCCGACGAGCGGGUGCUGGGACCCGGCAUCUCCUACAUCGUCCGGUACAUGGGCUGCAUCGAGGUGCUGCGCUCCAUGCGGUCCCUGGACUUCAACACCCGCACGCAAGUCACCAGGGAAGCCAUCAACAGACUGUACGAGGCAGUGCCAGGCGUGAAGGGCGUCUGGAAGAAGAAGGCUCCCAACAAGGCGCUCGUCUCCAUCCUGGGCAAGAGCAACCUCCGCUUUGCCGGCAUGAGCAUUGCCGUCAACAUCUCCGUCGAUGGCCUCAACCUCACGAUCCCCACAACACGCCAGAUCGUGGCCAACCACCACAUGCAGUCCAUCUCCUUUGCCUCCGGAGGGGACACGGACACCACCGACUAUGUCGCCUACGUCGCCAAGGACCCCAUCAACCAGAGAGCCUGCCACAUCCUGGAGUGCUGCGACGGGCUGGCACAGAGCGUCAUCAGCACGGUGGGCCAGGCCUUCGAGCUGCGCUUCAAGCAGUACCUGCACAGCCCCCCCAAGGUGGUGGUGCCCCCAGACAGGGCACUGGGCGCGGAGGAGUCGGCAUGGGGAGACGACGAGGACGCCGCCGAGCACGACUACUACAACAGCAUCCCGGGCAAGCAGCCGCCGCCGGGGGGGCUCAUCGACUGCCGGCUGCAUCCCGGCGCGCUCCCGGGCCAUGUCCGCACUCAGCCCCCCGGCCCCAGCGGCCAGGGCAGAUUUUCCCCCCGACGAGACCCCGCCGGCCAGCCGGGGCUGCCCUGGGAGCCGGAGGUGCAGGGCCAGCCCGGCGAUGGCUACCUGCAGGCAGAUGGGCAGCCCCCGGGGCCGCGGGACUACGAGGAGCACAUGUACGUGAACACGCAGAGCCUGGACGCUGCGGAGCCGGAUGCUGCGGCCCGCGGGGCGCCCCAGGACAGCCCCAAGAAGGACCUCUUCGACAUGCGGCCCUUCGAGGACGCGCUGAAGCUCCACGAGUGCCUGGCGGGGGGCGGCGCCGCCCCCCCCCUGGAGGACCGGUGGCCGAGCCCCCCUACCCGCAGGGCCCCCAUCGCCCCCACGGAGGAGCAGCUCAGGCGGGAGCCCUGGUACCAUGGGAAGAUGAGCCGGCGGGACGCCGAGAAGCUUCUGCAGAUGGACGGGGACUUCCUGGUGAGGGACAGCAUCACCAACCCGGGGCAGUACGUGCUGACGGGCAUGCAGGGCGGGCAGCCCCGGCACCUGCUGCUGGUGGAUCCCGAGGGCGUGGUGCGGACCAAGGACGUGCUGUUCGAGAGCAUCAGCCACCUCAUCAGCCACCACCAGCAGCGUGAGCAGCCCAUCGUGGCCGCCGAGAGUGAGCUGCACCUGCGCCAGGUGGUCAGGAGGAAGCAGUGAGGCCAGGCAGCGCAUGAGCCCCCGGCUCACCUCGGCCCCUCUGCUGGCCCCACGCCUCCUGGGGGUCCAGGGCCCCGGGGAUGCCCCGCUCCUGCUCCCCCAGUCUUGGGGGCCCUGCCAUCCUCCCCUCCCUGGCCCCCACCACCUCCCCGCUGCCGUCCCCGCCAGGCACCACGAUAUUUAUUCUGCUGCUGUGCUGCCAGGGCGGAAGAACCGGAGGCAGGUCGGCCCGGCCGGCAUGCGGGGCCAGCACGGAGCUGCUGGUGGUGCCUGGCCAGGGAGGGGGCCCGGCGAUGCCUCUCUGUGGGCGCUGGGGCCCCAUGCUCCACUCACAGAGGUGCCUGUGUGCCCAGACACCCGCAGUGUCUCACCGUGCCUCGACUUUCCCCCGCACGGUGCUGGUGUCCGCUGUGCCCGGGCGGAAGCUCCAGGGUUGUGCCCGGGCUUCAUUCCCCCACCGCUCCCAACCUUCCCGCUCAACCUUCCUCCCUCCGGGAGCCAUCGCUAUGCAAACACCGGCGCUCCCGCAGGGCUGCUGGGGCACCGAGCGGGGCUGCCCACAGCCCCCAGCUCUGCACUGGCUCCCUCGCUGCCUGCCUGCC